AAGUUCAUCAGAUAAAAAAGAGAACAAACUAACAGGGAACCGGUCCUGAGUCAUCUGCGCUAAAACAAAGCCGCCGUUCAGACGGCCGCCGCGCACGAGGGAAACAUGCAAAUGACGCGUCCGCUCGUUCGGCGGGUCCACGAGGCGCGUGCGCGGUGUCCGAGCGCGCGGCCUCUUUCCUCUGCCUCCUCACAGCACGGACGGGAUGGAGAAGAUGCGGGCGGAGGACGGGGGCCAGAGGGAGCUGGUGCACAGGUGGUUCACGGAGACGCAGGCGCCGCUCUUCCUGCGCGACGGGACCUUCCCCGACUGGUUCAAGGGCUUCGCGGCCCGAAGGGAGACGGAGGAUCUACUCAGCGAUAAAGCUCCGGGCUGUUUCCUCAUCCGCCUCAGUGACCGAGCCAUCGGCUACAUCCUGUCCUACAAGGGCAGCGACCGGUGCCGCCAUUUCGUCAUCACCCAGAACCCGGCGGGACAGUUUGUGAUAGCGGGAGACAGUCAGCCGCACGGAAGCCUCGGUGAGCUGAUCGAGCAUUACAGGCUGAGCCCCAUCCAGCCCUUCGGAGAGCACCUGACCUCCAGCUGGUCCGAGGUGAGCGCAGGUGACGCAGACGAGCUGUAUGACGUGGUGAAUUACCGCGCCAAAGAGACGCCCGGGCUCAGCGUCCGAGCUCUGCGGACUCUGUGGGACCAGAAGCACGAUCUCCACGGCAACCACGGCGCUGUGGAGCAAAGCGACGCCGCGGCGGCGGCGGUCGGACCCCCCGCCCUGCCGACUAAACUCAAAAGCAGGAGGCUGACGGGGACGGUGUCCCUCUCGCAGGAUGUUCCUUCAGUUCAAAAGAGAGGCCUUCUCCCAGGGCUCUCCCUGAGAGGCUCUCUGCCCGACACAACACCCCAAACCCAGACCGACCCGGGGGGGUCAGAGGGAAUCCGGAAAAACAUGAGUCCAAUGGCAUCGCCCGACGGAGACUCCUUCUUCUGGCUUUAUUCCGAGAUCAGGAGCACAUCUCUGCCGACGCUGAGACACGGCAGCGUGGAGGAGGAGGAGGACACGCUCCCUCCACCCGCACCAAAACCUCACACAACAGCUCCUCUGAAGAAGACCACCUGUCUCACCUACUCCGUACACCAGCCCGCAUCCGGCUCCGGGCCGGGCGGGUCGGAGCAGCCGGGUGCGGAGUCGAUGCGGUCCAACCCGCUGUACCAGACCUCCGCCGGGCCCGGCCCUGCUCAGCCGAGGGGCGCCACGUACGCCGAGGUCCCCAGGAUUCCGGCGCCCACCGGUUUGCCAGAGAACACCUACGAGCGGAUCCCGGAUGAGGCCGUCCAGGGGAACACCUACGAGUCCCUGGAGGACGUGAAGAACAAGUCCCAGUCCAACUGGGGGAAGAACUAUGGCAAAUUGAAGAAAUUCCUUCCUGAUCAUAAGAAGAAAUGAAAAAGGAUGCAGCAACAGAAAUGCAUUAAAAAUAAAUUUGAGUCAAAGAGUCACAUAGAACACAGAAGUUAUUGUAAGAAAGUUACUUUCCUUUCAAUUUAAAGUUUUGUAAUGAACCAAGUUAAGACAAUGUUUCUAUCAUUUUAAAGUUAUCAUUAUUUUUAUUAGAAGUAGUAAUAGUUUUUGUGGUUCAGUAUUUUGUUGUUUUUAAAUACAAACAAAUUCACUUUUUACUUAAAAGCAAAUCUUCCCUCACUUUUGUCUUAUUUACAUUUUUAUCUUUUGAUUGGAAUUAUUUAUGCAUAUAUAUUUAUAUAAAAGUGACAGACCAGUUAUAGAUUUGUAAUGAAGAGGCAAUUCACAGCAGUUUAUGCGUUUGAUUAACUCUGGUGUGUUUUGUUGUGUGUAGCUGUGUUUAAAGAUAAAUUAAAGUUUGUUGUUUUCUGCAUAGUAACCUCA